AUGGCUGGUGAUAAAGUUUACAGUUAUGAUGUCUUUCUAAGCUUUAGAGGCGAAGAUACUCGAAAUUCUUUUACCGAUCAUCUAUACCAUGGAUUGAAGCGAGCAGGAAUUUGUACAUUCAGAGAUAAUGAAGAAAUCAACAGAGGUGAAGAGUUACAACCAGAAAUCCAGAAAGCAAUCAAAGCAUCUAGGACUUCGAUAGUUGUCUUGUCACAAACUUAUGCAACUUCCACCUGGUGCCUCGACGAGCUUCUGCUCAUUCUUGAGCAAAAGAAGCAACUGGAUUGCAGCCAUUUUGUUCUACCUGUUUUUUAUCACGUUGAUCCAGCAGAUGUUAGGAAACAAAAAGGAAGUUUCGCCAUACAAGUUAAACCUUCUUUUAGGUGGACAUAUGACAAGGUAUGCCUGUGGAAGGCGGCUCUUAGGGAGGUUGCCGAUUUGUCCGGUUUCACUCUUUCAGGUCCUGAAACAAGCAUUUUGAAGGAAAUUAUUGAUGUAAUUUACAAUAAGUUAGAUCGCAAAGAAGUUCAUCUUCCACUCAAUAUAACAGGGAUGGCAACUCGUUAUAAGGAGAUCAAAUCCUGGUUAGAUGAGCGAAAUCUAGAAUUUUUAGCAAUUUAUGGUAUGGGUGGAAGUGGUAAGACAACAUUAGCCAAACAUAUAUUCAAUUUAAAUCGGAGAACUUUUGAAUAUGUGAGUUUUAUUGAAGACAUUGGUACUAGAUGUAAAGGACCCAAUGAUUUGCUUCAACUACAGGAACAACUUCUUAAAGAUAUUUUAGGAGGAAAAAAGAGAAAAAUAUCAGGUGUUUCUCGAGUUAGUGGCUUUACUUGGAACUGGGAAAAUCAAUGCACAAAGCAAGAUUAUAAUUACAACUCGGGAAAAUACAGAUAA